AUGUGUCAUAAGAGGCUAGCCACUAGAAGCAGAUUAAUGCGAUUUGGCUUUGUACAGGAUAAUACAUGUAGCUUCUGCACUAGUGAAGAGAGUUAUAACCAUUUGUUUUUUGACUGUGCUGAGCUGCGGAAAAUUUGGGUUGUUGUGCUUGACUGGAUUCAGAUUCAGCAUACUCCAGACAAAUGGGAUGAUGAACUACCAUGGGCUCUUAGCAGUUGUAAGGGUAAGGGAUGGAAAGCCAAGCUGCUCAAGUUGGCUUUGACUGAAACAAUUUAUGGUGUGUGGCAUCAUAGGAAUCGUAUAUCCUUUGGCAAUGCAAGUGAUUUGAACCACAUAAUUGAUGAUGUUUUUGAAAAAAUUGUUUAUAUAGGCUGGUACCAUAAGUUGCUUAAACCACAUAUUGCUACACUUAUGUUAGGUUGA